AUGCCGUCCAUCCUGAAUCUCAAGUUCAAGGGCAACAAGUCCUUUAUCGCCUUUUCCAACCUCGGCGACACCGACUCGCUCACCAAGACCUGGAAGGUCUGCACGAAGGUAGCCGGCUACCUCGAGCAAGGCCAGCGUCUGGAGAACCUCUCGUGGCGGCUCUGGCACCUGCAAAACCUGAUGGUCGACACGGACAACGCCAAGUCGAAGCGCGAGUUCAAGAAGCUGUCCAAAGUCAUGGGCGACAAGCUCGACAAGGAGAAGGGACGGUCGAUCGAGGAGCUCGAGGCGCCCGGCUUCCGGCGCACGGGCAGCACCGACCUGCUCGUCGCCCGCGCCCACGAGAAGGAGCGCUCGCGCGAGGCACAGCAGUCGGCGCGCCCCGGCACCAUCAAGCGCAUGCAGUUUACCUUUUCCAUCGACGGCCCGUCCGAGCCCGCCGCCGCCCAGCACGUCGACAAGCCAGACCUCAAGCCGUCGGCUGCAUUCCGCCGCACCGGCCCGCGCACCGCCCGCCAGCCCCAGCAGCAGCCACAAGAAGUCGUCGAGCAGCCGCUCACCCAGCGCGGCCGCAAGCAGUCCGUCUCGGCACCCUCCGCGCCCGCGCCCAUCCAGGAGGACGAAUUCGCCGCGCUCCGCUUCCCCUCUUACUUCUCGUCCGACUUUGGCCCCGCUGCUCUCUUGUAUGCUGCGCCGACACUCGCGAACGGCAACUCGUACGGCGAGGGUGUAAGGUCGAGCUCGACCAACUACGACGCGUUCGCCGUUUCUCGGCCGACGAUCGAGCUUGGCAUCGACGAGCUCAUGGCCGACACCCCGCCGCAGGACAACGAGCCCGCGCACAGCUGGGCGCCCAUGGACUACGAGACUGCCGCACCCGACACGCCCACGCCCGCCACCGCCUCUGCUCCAGCUGCCUCGACGUCCGCUACGACCACCACGAUGACACCCUCUGCCACGCCUUCUGCUUCUACGCCCAAACCCUCUGCGAGCGUCGCGCCCGCCAAGCUCGCCACAGCGCCGGCCGGCAAGCCAGCCCUCAGCGUCCGCACCGGCACCGUCCCCGCUCCGGGUGGCCAGAAAGCCGAAUGCUCGAACUGCGGUGCGACUCACACGCCCUUGUGGCGUCGCGGGCUCAACGACGAGCUCAACUGCAACGCAUGUGGCUUGUAUUGCAAAUUGCACAAGCGCCCGAGGCCCAAGACGAUGCGCGGCCAGCCGGCGCACGCCCGUCAAGUCGAGGCCUCUGCCUCUGCCUCUGCGAGCACCACCGGCGGCCCUCGCGUCGAACCCAUCGAGGCGAUCCCCGUCGCGCAGUGCUACAACUGCCACACGACCGCCACGCCGCUGUGGCGCAAGGACGAGGAGGGCAAGACCGUCUGCAACGCCUGCGGCCUCUACUACAAGUUGCACGGCUCCGCGCGCCCGAUCAGCAUGAAGUCGGACGUGAUCCGCAAGCGCUCGCGCCAUGACGCCCGCCGCGGCAGCGGCCCCGGCGAGACGCCCAGCGCCAGCCCUGGCGCCUCUAGGCGCGCGAGCCCGAACAACGACGGCCUGACGCGCUCGCCCACUCUCGCGCCCGACAGCUCGACCGCGCCCUGGGCGGACCAGUACGGCGGCCUCAUGUACGGCUACCCCGCCGCCGAGUUCGGGCUCUCGCUCUCGGGCACCGGGCCGACGCAGACGGACGACGAGAUCGAGGAGGAGGAGCGCGCGGCGAAGCGCCGAAGGCUGAGCACGGCCAGCUCGACGUACAGCACCGCGAGCGGCAUCAGCUCCGCGAGCGGCACCGAGCCGCCCAGCUCGGCCAUCUCGAGCGCGAGCUACGCGACGACCGCGGCGUCGUCGCUCGCGAGCGAGAGCUACGAGGCGCCCAAGGCGUUCGGCUCGCCCGGCUCGAACUACGGCCACGGUCCCGGCAAUGGGUACGAUAACGGCCAGUCGUACGGCCAGCCGCAGGGCGACGCCAACAAUUCUGGUUAUGCCCAGCAGCAGCAGCCGCAACAGCAGCAGGACGCCAACGCCGUCACGAACGCGUCCGGCUACGCCCAAGACUCGAACGGCAACGUCUACGGCCCGGCCGACUUCCCCGGCCCGCGCCUCGAGUUCCCGUUCUCGUCGUUCCCGGCGUACGGCAUGCUGCGCGCGCCCGGGGCCGGCGCGUGGCACCCGCCGCUGCUCCCGCCUACGCAAUCUCCGACGUUCGUGCACCCGCCGAUGAUCCCGCCCGAGGACGCGCUGCAUAUUGGGGCGCCGGCGCUGAGCCCGCAUGCGGCGUUUGCGCAGAUGGGCGCGGGGAGUGGUGUUAGCGGGGGCAAUGGUGGGAAUGGGCAGGGUGGUGUUGGUGGGGGGCAAGGGAUGGAGUAUGAGUGGCAGAGCCAUUCGUGGGGCGGGCAUCAGUGGGGCGCUGCGGCGAAGGAGGGCGCGAAGAGCGAGGCGCAGGAUGGAGAUGCGCUGUUCAAUUCGUUUUUGCAGGAGCCCGCGGGGAGCGCGUUUGCGGGGGGGAUGUGGGAGGCGAACUGA